AUGACAGGCAAGCCUACACCUGCAUGGGACUCUGGGAACAACACAGUUUGGGAGAACUACACUGACAUUGCCUUCAUUGUGGCAAACAGCUUGAUACUGUUGGGCACUUCUACUCUGGGGAUUGCAGCAAAUCUUUUUGUAAUACUGGCAGUUCUUUACCGAAAAUCACUGCAAACUUUGAAUAAUGUGCUGGUGGUGAAUCUUGCAGUCACAGACAUUCUGAAAUGUGUAGUUGACUGCCCCGUUCUCUUAACCAUCGUCACGACUGUGUAUCAAAGACGACAUGUGGACGAGUUGAUCUGUGAUGCACAAGUGGCCUUUUUCUCUUUUAGCUGCUGCAUCCAACUGUUGACAAUGGCCUGCAUAAGCGAAGAAAGGUACCAGGCCAUUGCCCAACCCUCCAAAACUAGACAAAGACGAAGACGGAUUAUGGUACUGAUUCCUCUCACAUGGGCCUUGGCUGUUCUGGUGGCUGUUUUUUGUGUGAUAUUUGUGAAGAACUCACCCGUGUAUGAAAAAUGCAAAGGAUUAUCAAGAGCAACAUCCUCCUCCUAUGAUACCUUUGGACUUUACAUGUUGUUCCCACUUUGGGCAUUAUGCUUAAGUGUUAUCAUUGGAUUCUAUGCUCGCAUAUUUAUCCUUGUGAGAUCACACAAUCGCAAAAUAUUUGACAGAGGUACUUUUCCUGUUUCAAAAACAGACAAAACAACACAUGAGCAGAAGAUAGAGGAAACUGCAGCAGUGGAAAAUGGACACGGAAAAUCUGAGCAAAACAAGACCUUGAGCAAAAGUGCUGCUCAGGUCGAACAAACUGAACCAAAUUCAUCCAAGAAAGAUUCUACGGCUGUUCUACUGGCCUCAAAAAAAUCUCCACAAUGUGCCUCCAUCAGUUUAGAGAAUAAAAAAGAAUUAAAAAAUACACUGGAGAUAACUGACUUGGAAACAGAACAUCACCCUCCUGCAAUGCUGGCUGCAGUGCGGACUGAGGAGAAACCUUUUAAAACAGAGCAGUCCAAUCCCUGUGGCAUGAAAAUUGAAGCAAAUAGAGAUGCUGUUGCUAGUGUUCAGAGCUCCACCACAAAACCGCAGGUGUCAAGCAAUUUUGACACGGAAAAGCCGUCCAAAGAGAGAGUUAAAAUUGACAAAACGUCUUCUGAAAUGAAAGAAACCAGCUCCCAUGUUCCCUCGUCUGCACAGUUAGAGAAAACAGAAUCCACUCCUGUUUUACUGAUUGACUGUAAACAAGCUAAGAACAGCAAUGGAGGAGAAAAACUGACUGUAGAUCAAGAGUCUUCGUUACCUCCUCUCAUAAGUAACGUUCCUGAAACAGAAGCUACAAAACACAACCUGGAGAUAGAAGGUGCUGUUUGCAUGAUGCCUUCCAAAGCAAGUAAAGAGAGAGCAAAAAAAAAGAAGGAAAGUAAAAUGGCAAAGCGUGCUGGCUAUAUUAUUAUAACCUUCAUUUUAUUCUGGCUACCUUUGAUCACAACUAUCCUGGUUAAUGCUGUUCACAGAACACAGAUAACGAUCAUUUGGGACAUUGAGAUUCUGUCAGUCUCUAUCACCUGCAUCACAUCACUAAGUGACCCAAUAAUAUACGCUGCAGUGAACCCUCAGUUUCGGACAGAGUUUUAUACGCUUAAAAACAAGUUUUUGUCCAUGUUCAAGAAAGAAUUAUAAUAUUUCUACUUCUACCGACUUCUGCAGUAGACCAAAUUAGCAUAUUCAAUAUUCAAUAUGUAACUGAAUAUUAAAAUGGUUAAAAUUUGCCAAGUCAUUGUUAAAAUAUGAACUAAAAGAAACCCCAGACGUCUAAAAAGAUUUUUGAUUUGGGUAUAGGAGGUAUAUUAUGUUAUGCUGCCGUGUUAUCUUAGAUUUUAUGCAGGCUGACUUUGCCGCAGUUACUGAACACUGCAGAGCAGAGGUGCUGCAUGCUGCAAGAAACAGCCUGGGCCAACGCAACCAGCUCAGCAGGGGGACCCUGUCCGCAUUCGUUGUCAAACAAUCACUGAAGCCUGGAUGUCUGUCUCCAGA